GGUACGAAAUUCCUGGGUGCCAACCUGCCUAUGGCAACCUAGAAUUCUCCAGGGCAGGCUCGCAAAAUCUUCACCUACUCUCUGGGACAGUACUUUGCAAGAACAGAAGGGGGAAUUACGAAAGCGUCUAUCGUACACUACCCAUAAGCUGGAAAUGCUUGAAACGGAAUUUGAUUCUACACGUCAGUAUCUUGAAAUAGAAUUGAGACGUGCUCAGGAGGAACUUGAAAAAGUAACUGAAAAACUGAGAAGGAUACAAAACAAUUACCUAGCCUUACAAAGAAUUAAUCAGGAUCUGGAGGAUAAACUUUACAGAAUGGGUCAACAUUAUGAAGAGGAAAAACGGGCUUUGAGCCAUGAAAUAAUUGCACUCAAUAAUCACUUAAUAGAGGCCAAGGUGACAAUAGAUAAGUUGUCAGAAGACAAUGAGCUCUAUAGGAAGGACUGCAAUUUAGCUGCUCAGUUGCUCCAGUGCAGCAAGAAUUACGACAGGGCACAUAAGCUUUCAGAGCUGCCAUCUGACUUUCAGGAAAGAGUCAUCCUGGAGAAACCAGAUCCAAACAGCUUGUCUUCACACUUGUCAAGCCCAUCUACAAGGGAACUCAAUUUUCAGGACUCUUCUGGAAAACUUGGACAAAGGCCUCAGUACAAGUCGGACAUCUACUGCAGUGACACCGCCCUUUACUGCCCCGAGGAGAGGAGGCGGGAGAGGAGGCAGAGUGUGGACACGCAAGUGAAAGACGUGGGGUUCCUGCGGUCCCAGAACUCCACGGACAGCACCGUUGAAGAAGACGGUUUUCAUUCCAGCUUCUCCCACGAAGCCUUCCCAGAGUACAUUACCUCUCUGCCAACCUCCAGCUCCUACUCCAGCUUCAGCGUCACAUCCGAGGAGAAGGAGAACGCCCAAGCCAACACUCUGACAGCCUCUCAGCAGGCGAUCUACAUGAGCAACCGAGACGAACUCUUUGAGAGAAAGUCACCUGCAGGUUAUGAGCAUCAGGGAAGUCCCAGGUUUGCCAAGUCCAAACCAGCGCAGCACAUGGAGCUUGCCGACGACAACGAGAACUCGCCCACUUUUACCAGGACUCUGCCUCCUUAUGCAAACGAACCUUUUCAUUUCUCAGCCAUAACACCACAGCAGGCUUUAGCGAAUCAAAAAAUGAGGAACGAGUGCAGGAGCACCCCCCUUUCAGAAGAAGACUUGCCUGGGCGAUGGAGGCAGCUGAGCGUGGAGGACAUUGGUGCAUACUCUUACAGGAACACGGGCAGGCUGUCGCCCUGUAGUUUUUCGGAGCAGUACUACAGCAGCCCUGUCAAGAAGGGAGACAGCCGAACAAGCCCCAUCUACGCUAGUUACAAAGCGGACAGCUGCUCAGAGGGAGACGAUAUCUGCCAAAGCAGACUUGUGGAUUCUUGCUUCCUGAGAACAGACAGUGGCCUGAAUAUUGACAUCAGCACUAGCUGUAAACAGGACAAAUUGUCCACUUACAAAGCUAAAGAAUCUAGAGACCAAAAAAAUGAAAGGAUCACCGUCCAGUUAUGCAGUAGCAAAAACAUCGAAAACAGCCCGGUGUUGAAAAGAGAAUACGUGGACGUCAGCCCCAACAGCUCAGCAGAGUCCCUCAAUCAGAGUUCAGUGGAGGCUUCGGAGAUCCACCAGUCUUCCAUGGAGCAAGGAAGCCAUUCGGGUAUUCACAGCAAACAGCAGCAGUUUCAACGAACUGGGAGUACUGGUUUGAGUCGGAAGGACAGCCUUACAAAAGCACAAUUAUACGGAACCCUUCUGAACUAG